AGGGCUAAUUGGCUUCAGGCGGGUCGCCAGCCUUCCUGGCAUGCCCUGUUUGAGGAAGUCCGUUUGCAACGGCUCCGCACACCUAACCCCUGCGAAGGCAACGCUCAGCGCUGCUUCCACCCAGCCUGCGACUUGGCGGUGGUGUGAUUCUUGAAGGUGCAAUUGAUAAGCAAAAAGGCCUCUCAAGCGGCAACGCGGGGGGAAGGGGGGAAUCUUGCAAGCGCCAGUUGGGGGGGGGGGGCUCUGGGACUGUUUCCUGCAGCCCCUGCAAAGGGCAAGCGGGGGUGGAGACCAUCCGGCCGAAUUGCAGCCUGCAACCCCCCCUCCCUCCAGGGCCCAGAGAAGCAGCCCUUCUUCCGCCUUGGGAAUCAGCUGACGGCGGCCAGGAAGGGCGAGCAAGCCGGGCGAGAUCAGGAGGAGGGUCCCGCCGUCCCGCAACUGCUGCAGCCGCUGCAAUCCCCCGGGAGGGGAGGCCAUGGCCGAGGAGGGGGUCGUGCUCCACGGCACUCAAGUGUCGUAUAUUGGCCAAGAUUGCACAGAGAUCCCAGAAUUCCUCGGAAGAAAUUAUGGCCAUAUUGCAAAGAGGCUGGAUCUGAGUUUCAACUUGUUAAGGUCGCUGGAAGGUCUGGAGACGUUUUGCGGCUUGGAAGAGCUGAUUUUGGACAACAAUCUCCUUGGGAACGACCUACGGUUGCCCAGGUUACCGCACCUCCACACCUUGAUGCUCAACAAGAACCAAAUAUCAGAAUUGGAAAGCCUUCUGGAUCACUUAGCGGAAGCGGCGCUCUCUUUGGAGUACCUCAGUUUGCUGGGAAAUACAGCCUGCCCCAAUGAGCUGGUCUGCAAAGACAAAGAUGAGGGAGACUACCAAAGAUACAGGUAUUUUGUUCUGCACAAAUUAAGCAACUUGAAGUUUCUGGAUUCCCGGAAAGUAAGCCAAAGCGAACGUGAAGAAGCCGCCAUGAGAGGUGCCUUCAUGAAAGUGGUGAAGCCCCUGGAUUCAAAGCCCUCAAGUGAUGCGGUUGCCAUCUCCCCCAAAGGGCACUAUACGCCACUUCCAACUGGAUCAAGGGACCUGACCAACCACAGAGGUGUUCUCGGGAAAUGUCGCUAUGUCUAUUAUGGGAAGCAUUCGGAGGGCAACCGGUUCAUCCGCGAUGACCAGCUCUGAGGCCCCCAGCAGGCCUGUGAAACCCUCCACAUGAGCGCCCACACCGCGCACAAAAGCACAAAUUGUAUCUGCAUCUUAUCCUCUUCCUCCUCCUCUUCUUUUUUUCUAACGCCAUGCGUAAAACCAAAGUCCUCCAGUACCUUCUGCUGACUUUGCUAGACCUGUCAAAACCAUCCUUCUGCUUUAGCCUGAGUGGUCGGCACAGAGAUUGACAUGAUUGCCUCUAAGCGGGUCCCAUCCGCCAACGUGACAGACAGCUGCGGCCGAGCACCCGGCCUGACAGGAAGAACACCGUGAUGGAUUGCUCAGGCCUCCUCGCUGCUCUCGGAGAAGAGCAGAGGUCACACCUGGGGCCUCACUGAGCAUGCUCAGCUGCUUUUCACAAAAACAAUCUCUCCCCCCACCCCCUUUCUUCAAUCUGCAGCUUGCCUGUUGAGUGAGAAAACUCCACGUUUGUCAAAAGAACUGGCUGCAGUUUUGAGAUUUUGUCCCAAACCACCACCUUCUUAUCUAAUAGUGUUUUCCUCACGUAUUCGGCGGAUGCCAGUAGACCCUUCACAAGCAGAUCACUGGGGAUUUCAUGUUCCUUCCUGGGGGAAAACUCAACAAAAAUCUAAAUGAUGGAGAGGGAAAAAUAACUCAAUAAACCUUGGGAAUGUUUAUAGCUAUUCCUGGCAUUGUUGGGCAGGGAUAUUAUUGAUUUCUU